CCCGGCGGUGGCAGCGGCCGCGCGGGCCGGGGCGAUGGCGGCGGCGGCGGCUGGGAACGUGUUCCUGAGAGCCCGUGGCAGGACUCUGACCUCCUUCCGCGCAGAUGCUGAGUACCAAUGGAAGGGGCCCUUCUACUUCAUCCAAGGGACAGAUCCUCAGUUUGGACUGACGAAAGCUUGGACACACGGAGACACUAAUAAUGGAGAUGAUGAGUGGGAAGAAGAUAUGAAAUUAGCAGAGCAAGCAGUGCAGGCCAUUAACAAACUAAAUCCUAAACCCAAGUUCUUUGUGCUGUGUGGAGACCUUGUCCAUGGAAUGCCAGGAACCCGAUGGAGGAACAACCAACUGCAGGAUUUAAAGGAUGUUCUGAAGAACACUAACCAGGACAUUCCACUGGUGUUCGCCAGUGGGAAUCAUGAUGUUGGCAAUACUCCAACCAAAGAAACAAUAGAUGAUUAUUGCAAGAACUGGGGAGAUGAYUACUUCAGCUUUUGGGUUGGAGGUGUUUUCUUUCUUGUGCUGAACUCUCAGCUCUACUUUGAUUCUUCCCAAUGCCCUGAGUUAAGGCAAGCCCAGGAUGCCUGGCUCGAUGAGCAGCUGGCUGUCGCUGCAAAACAGAAAUGCAAGCAUAUAAUUGUAUUUCAGCACAUCCCUCUGUUUCUGAGCAAACCUGAUGAAGACCACGAUUAUUUCAACUUGGAUAAAUCGGUUCGUCAGGAGAUAAUGGAAAAGUUUCAUAAAGCAGGUAUUAAAGCUGUAUUUUCUGGGCAUUACCAUAGGAAUGCUGGAGGGUUCUACAAAGACCUGGAAAUGGUGGUUUCAUCAGCCAUAGGAUGUCAGCUGGGAAAGGAUACACACGGGCUCAGGGUGGUGGUUGUCACAGAGGAAAAGGUGGUGCACAAAUACUACAGCUUAGAUGAACUGGGCAGCCAGGGCAUAGASAAGGAGCUGCUGGAUUUGCUUCCUAAGCAAAAGUAGGCUGUGUCAAAAGAUGUUUUUCCAUAUUAGAUAAAUAUAAACAGUUUCAUAAAGUUUCCCCAAGCAGAAGUACAGAUUUCUGACUGCAGUGUCCCAGAACAGCUCUCAGUUUGUUGUCGUCCUAAAUAACAAGGAAGUUGUUGACGUGUUUUUCUUUUUGAAAAUGAGACCUAUGAGGAAUAUGGGAGAAGAGCAGAGCAAAUAUGGUAAUGUGUCAUUGAAAAGUACAGUUCUGAGAAUUUUCACUUUGCUCCUAGAUAAGACUUUCUGAUUAGAGAGAAAUUGGCUUCUACAUAAGCCUUUAACUUGAGAGGGUAUUUCAAAAUCAAUAAAUUUAGUAAUUUGUUACCUUCUGGACAAUAUGAAUGGGCCAUWUUUUUACUCUACAGAAACAAAUAUCAAAAAUUUUGAAAUCAGCAGACUCCUGCUGAGUUUUCACAAUUUUUGGAUCGUAUCCUAUUACUUUGGUGUCAUAUUUUCUCCCAUUUCCCACACUUUAUUUUCUUAGCUCUUCAGAGCCAGGAGCAAUAGGAGAGCAAACACACUCUGRUUUGCAGUCACAGCUUGGGUUUCUGUUAUAUCUGUUAUAAAGUUUUAUAUAAUGUUAUAUAGUUUUAUAGUUUCCAUUAUAUAGUUUUAUAUAAUGAAAAGUCUGUAAAUGAGGCUGAUAUAAAUGUCRCUGACAGAAACUAAAGGUGAAACAACUAUUUUCAUUUUGAAAUUUAACUACCAUUCAAUUAGCAUAUAUUCUAGCUCUAGCUAUGGAAAUUGGAAUAAUUGCAUGGGGAGAAUAUUCURUACAGAAUAUUGUAACCAGAAGUCAUUUUGUUGAUUUCUAGAAAAGGAGAGAACUUUGAUUUCCAAAAGCAGAGUGCCUUACUGUAAUAUUACAGGAUAUCAAAACCCUAAAAAGUAUGUGUUCUUCACUGCAGUAAGUCUUUAAAAACAAAUUCAUKAAAUAGUUUAUGUGCUUCAAUCCACCUCUUUUUUUAGCAAGUGUAUCUAAUUUGUUGCAAAUAAAGUCUUCAUGUAAUUAACUCACACSUGUUGG